AAGUCUGCCCGAAACCAGCGCCGCACUGCAGACGGAGUCGAGUUGGUCGCGAACUCGCUUCAAGAGGAUUAACAACCUUUUUUUAUAUACAUAUAUCAUUUCUUUUUUCUUCAAGCUGAUGGCUCCGCUGUUGAAAUGCAGCCCUUUUAUUCUGCUGGUGACCUUCCUAGCUCUGGUUCCUGUGGGGGCAGAGUGGAUCGUUGCUCCGAGACAGCUGUACGAGAACAAUGAUUACACCGGCUUGGAGAGUAUUGCUAAGAUUCGCUCUGAUAAGGUCAACUACACAAGGAUAUUUUAUUCCCUAUCGGGGCCUGGUGUUGACCAGCCCCCUGAAGGUAUAUUUGGUAUCGACCGUAACACUGGCUUUGUGAGAAUCUUUUCCAUUCUGGACCGAGAGGCGUUCUCAGUCUAUAACUUAAAAGGCAUCGCAAAGUUCGCCGAUGGGAGCAGAGCUGAAAAGGAUAUCGACCUCGACAUCAUUGUUUUGGAUGUGAACGACUGCCCUCCCGUCAUUAAAGUACAGCAAGUCGGAUCCGUCAGUGAAUCAAGUGCAGCAGGUACUGUUGUGAUGAGAGUUAUCGCGACGGAUGAUGAUGAAAAGAACACACUAAACUCCAAGAUGCACUACAGCAUUGUGGAGCAGAGUAACACAGCUGGGAUGUUCUUCAUCAACUCUCAGACCGGGGAGGUCCAAGUUCGGCAGAACACUCUCGAUAGGGAGAGACAAGAUACAUAUAGGUUGCAGAUAAAAACCUCGGACUUGAAUGGACAAGCUGGAGGAAACACAGGAACUGGAGAAAUUGUGGUCAAAAUUCUGGACAUAAACGACAAUGUUCCAACCAUGGAGAAAGAAUUGUAUGAAGGGAGUGUGAAGGAGAACACUAUCAACACGGAGGUGAUGAGGAUCAAAGCAAUGGACAUGGAUGUGAUUCACACUGACAACUGGCUCGCUGUGUUUGAAAUUGUCUCGGGGAAUGAGGCUGGCUAUUUCAACAUCACUACUGAUUCGGUGACCAAUGAAGGAAUUAUCACCAUUCACAAGGCCUUGGACUAUGAGGAGCAACGGUUGGUCAACUUGCAAGUGGCUGUUGCCAACAAAGCAGCGUACAAUUUUGGCAGCGGGACUAUAACUGCGCUCCCGCCCCAAAAGGCCUACCGAGUCAACAUCAACGUGAUCAAUGAGAAGGAAGGCCCCCGAUUCCAACCAAGUGUCAAAGUGGUGACUAUCUCCGAGGACCACACGACCGUCGCCAUCAAUAAAGUAAUCGCCAACUACGCCGCCAUUGACAGCGACACGCUAAAGACAGCCACCGACGUAAGGUAUGCUAAAAUCAAAGAUGAUGACAACUGGUUGAUUAUUGAUGAAAAAACAGGCGAUAUCAAGCUGAAUAAACUACCCGACAGAGAGUCCAAGUUCUUGAUCAAUGGAACAUAUUAUGCCAAAAUUAUAAGCAUCAACAACGAUGUUCCCGCAAAAACUGCCACAGGGACCAUCGCCAUCCAGGUGGAGGACUUUAACGACCACUGUCCUAAACUGACCGCGACAUCUCAGACCAAGUGCCUCGAGGACGAUGUGAUCUACGCCACGGCCGUAGACGAAGACGAGUUCCCCAAUUCCGCACCGUUCGAGUUCACUGUGAUUCAGGGGAGCACAAAGGAGAAAUGGACAGUGGAGCAUUUUAAUGAGACCACAGCCAUUCUGCGAGACCAAGGCAACUUGUGGCCCGGCUCGUACAAAGUGGCGGUGGAGGUCAGAGAUCAGCAGGGAAAGUCGUGCGCUGAUGUUCAGAUAGUGGAGGUAAAUGUGUGUAAUUGCGACGCCGGCACUAAAAGCUGUGGGUCGCGCAUAACAAAGACGGCAGGUUUUGGAGCUUCGGGUGUCCUGCUUCUGCUCCUGGGACUGCUGCUGCUACUGUUGCUGCCCCUUCUGCUGCUGUUCUGCCUGUGUGGAGGUGCAGCAGCCAUUGGAGAUUUCAAGGCCAUUCCAUUUGAUACAAAACAACAGCUCAUCUCAUAUCACACCGAGGGACAGGGAGAAGACAGGGAAGUUCCUCUUCUACAUGCGAUAGGGGAUAUUGAUCUUGGCACAAUACAUGCCAGGAACAACAACACCUAUGAGGGAAAAGGAUUCCUAGGGGGAAUGAUUGAAUUAGGAGGCGCCGCAGGUGGAAGCGGUGCCCGACACACUUCCACCUUGACAGCCGAGAACAUGGACCAGUACAACCAGUAUCGCCAUUCCAGUGGGCAGGUUGGGAUGGACCACAUGGAUGCUGGGAUGAUGACAGGACAAAGACAACAGUUCUCCCAAAACAGGGCUGGCAUCUUCGAUGGGAUGGCUCUUUCUAAUCAGUUCCUGGGGGAGUAUUAUUCAAGUAAAUCCAACCAUGCUGCACACCAAUCCCAGCAGAAGGACGGUUUUCUCAUCUAUGACUAUGAAGGCCAGGAGUCCCUCGCAGGUUCUGUAGGUUGCUGCAGUCUUCUUGACAAUGAUAAUGACCUUGCCUUCCUUGAUGACCUUGGGCCUAAAUUCAAAACCCUGGCUCAGAUUUGUCAGGGGUCAACCUUGGUGACAGAGUCUGUGGAUGCGCAGGUUUCAUUCUCUCCACCCAGACCGGUGUCUCCUGUCUGGCCCUCCGCUUCCACCCACACACAUGUCAGUACUCACACGGAGACAAUCAGGGACAGGGACCGCAUGAACAUCAACACCCUCAACACCUCUAAUGUAGCGUCUGGAUCCUCCACUAUCGUGCAGGAGGAGCGAAUCACUGAGAGAGCCCAGGGUUCAACCACUUCUCCCACGGUACACGUGCAAGACAACAUUGUGAUUCCCAGUCCGACGAUGCUCAUACAGCAGCCCACUAUGUACUAUGCUGCCACUCCCAUGUAUGUAGUCGAGUCCAAUCCCCAAAUGGUGCUUGUGGCAGGGGGGAACCAGCAGGCAGUAGGUCAAGUCGGCCAAGUUGGGCUAAGUCAGGGGCUGGUACAGGUUGGUGGUCUGCAAGGAACUCAGGGCCUGGUGCAGAUUGGUGGCCUACAAGGUACUCAAGGCCUGGUGCAGAUGGGUGGCCUGCAAGGAACUCAGGGCCUGGUGCAGGUUGGUGGCAUGCAAGGAACUCAGGGCCUGGUGCAGGUUGGUGGCAUGCAAGGAACUCAGGGCCUGGUGCAGGUUGGUGGCAUGCAAGGAACUCAGGGCCUGGUGCAGGUUGGUGGCAUGCAAGGAACUCAGGGCCUGGUGCAGGUUGGUGGCAUGCAGGGAACUCAGGGUGUGGUCCUUGUAGAUAGGCAAGUAGGAAUGGGUGGAGUGACGGGGCAGGUAGCACAAGGCCUUUCACAAGGAACCCUCUCCAGGUCCAGGCAAGUGUUUGUGGUGGAGAAUGGGUCCUCGGGUGAGGCGCAAGGUGUGAGCUUAGCACAGGGCAUUGAUCAGACAGGACGUGGGUCUGCAGAGCAGGGUCCGGCGAUCAGAGGUCAAGGUUUUCAGGUUCAAAGUAGGAGUUUUUCACUGGCUUCCCAUGGUUCUACAGGGCCAAAUGAGGAUGUUGCCCUGACAGCCACACCCAAAUUGCAGGGAAGCCAGAGGGUUGUUGUGCAACGUAAAAAGGUCUCAGUCACUGAGAGAAAUAUUUAAUCUAGUACAAGAGCGUAAAGCAGCCUUUUUGUUAAGCAAAUCCACUAUUGUCACACUUGUUUUGAGAUAUACUGAAAUAUAUUUCAGUAUACAAAAAUAUAUUUCAUAAAAUGUAAUACUGUAUAUAAAUACAUGUGUGUUCAUACAUGUCGUGCAGAUUGUGAUAAAAUAUGAUAACAUUGGGAAAAGGAUAGUUUAGUCUGUUGGACCAAAAGUGAAAUUCUGCGUGUCCUCAUCUAGUAACAACACUACUACUUAAAGUAGUUAACUCGUGGUAUCGACUAUGUGACUACCGUGGCCAUAGAAAGCAUUGCAUUUCUAUACUAAUGCUGUUUAGUAAAAUUAUUCUGACAUUUGUUGAUGGACGUGCAUGCGUUUCUUGUAUGCUAAAACGAACAUUAAUUGAAAGUAAUUGUCAAGAAUAAGAUUGGGACAAAGCAACUGAUUGUCAGAGGCCUUACAUGACUUCUCUUGUUACACCGCAGCCAACUGAAAACCUUGGCAAGUGGGAUUUCCAUCUUUCUCUUGUCCCAAGAAAGACCAGUUCUGCACCAAAUGACAGCCCUAAAAGCACUGUAUUUAUUUCAAGUUCAAAACUCGAGUGGCUUAAGGGUGGGAACCGCUAAAGUACACACAAACUAGAGC